AUGUCCCUUCUUUCAUUACCUCCCGAGAUCCUUUUGUUGAUAACAUCCGAUCUCCAACCUCACGACCUAAACGCGCUCAUCCAAUCUCACCCUUAUCUCCACCGUACUCUAAACCCCUCUCUGUACUACGAAAACGUACACAAUCACAAUGCCUCAGCGCUAUUUUGGUGUGCUUCACAUGGGUACAUCAAGACCCUAGAAUAUCUCCUUACCGCCGGUGCCAAUGUUCUCUGGGCUUCAACAUACCAACGGCAGAACUUUCAGCCCCCACCAGUGGACAAAACUUCAUCUUCAAGUUUCCUGCCAUUCAAACGACCAAAAAGGCGGCAGAAUGGAGACCCCUCAUCGAAGGAGCACCCAAUCUCUAUUGCAGCUGCCAAGGGCCAUAUCGAGAUUCUGGCUAAAUUCCUCGAGCUUGGGAUCGAUGUUAACUACAAAGAUCCAAAGGGCCGGGAUCCACUAUCCCUCGCAGCAUGCGGGGGUCAUCUAGAGCUGUGCCGGAUACUCCUUAAUCAAGGGGCUGACUUGCUAUCGUCUGAUGACAAUGAUAUGCGUCCUACAGACCAUGCAGUAGUUCAAGGCCACCGAGGCACCGAAGAAUUUCUCUUCCAAGAAGUGCAAAAACGGGCUAUCUACACAGAGGAUAGUUCUGAGUCUGACAGAUCUAUUGUACAACAACACUUACACUGGAUGCUGAGAUGCGCAGCAGAGAGAGGAGAAAAUGAUCGUCUAAAGUUUCUCCUAACUAAAAGCGAAGCAGAGCUGAAUAUUGUCCCUCCCAUUCUUCAGGAGAAUCUGGUUUCUGACAACUACGAUAACCCUUGGUACCCGAUUCCAUGGCGAAGCUACACACCUCUGAUCGCCGCGAUACAAUCAGCCCCCGACCCCAUAAGCACAGCCAAGAUCCUACUGGAAAAGGGCGCAGAUCCAAAUAUUCUCGUUGCCAUCGCGAACCCAUUCAUUACCAACGAAGAUCUGGGGAUGUAUCAAAAUGCCGUCUCCGCCGCUCUGGAACGAGAUCAGAGCUAUGCUCUAAUCGAGCUUCUCAUCGAGUAUGGUCUAACCCCGAUAAAUUCAGAGAUGCCUUUAAUUCGAGCAACGCAUUUGAAAAAGGUUGAUGAAUUUCGACUCCUGGUGGACAAUGGUGCCUACUAUCUAUACAUGGCUCACGCUAUAUGGCUCAUCGGAUAUCAGCCUAUACUGGAUUUACUCACUGAACGAGGAAUUCAUUCGGAGGUAAAAGUUCCCCUCGUGACAUGGGAACAGCUAACGGAGUCAUUUGAUUUUGAUGAGUAUUUAAAUUCCGAAGCUGAUCCGUUUGGGUUCAAUAAAGACCCAAUUCGCCCGGUGACCCCACCCCCUCACACAGAGGCUGAAUGGGCUAGGUAUCUGAACGGUCAUUUUGAUGAUAAUCCAUACCCCUAUUUUGUUGGGAACGCAGGGUGUCACUGUGGGACAGGAGCAAUUGAGGCCUUUCAAGCUGCUCAGGUUUAA